AUGCCCAUGCAGACGUCACCGCCACGUCCCUCGCCUUGCCGCCGUCUCAUCAACGCGUGCUAUUCGGGACGCCAGCCGGGUCCGCUGGAGUCGCCCGCGAUGGCGUCGUACAACCGGUUCCUCUCCGGCCACGCCAUCCAUCUGCGGCAGAGCCUUCCCGUCUCAGAGGUUGAGCGAUGCGAGGUUGAACUUAGCGGCAGCAUGGGGAAGCGGACGGCCGCCGCGUCCUCCCUCCUCAGCCUCCACGAGUCCUUCCUCCCCGAGGCGGCGCCGUCCGACGACUUUGAGACGCUGCAGUCCCGCGUGGAGGCAGCAAGGUGCAAGGUGCCGGGAUGCGGGACGGUCCUGAACCUGGUCGCCGCCUUCAACCUCGCCUUCCGGGCGCUCCUCUCCUUCGACUCCGUGCUCGGCUGCGUGAUUGCAGUCGCGUCGGUCAUCUUGUACGGCCGCGGCGGCGCCUCGGUGGGGCUCUCGUUCGGUCUCGACUGGAACCUGGUGUCGAUGGCGGUCAUCUUCCCGAUCUCGCAGUGCAUCGGCUGGUCCUUUGGGCGGCGGGAGAUGGCCCUCUCGCUGCUGAGCACGGUCAUGUCGCUCGUGACCCGGCUGUGGAGUGCGGUGCACACCUGGAAGGUCAAAGACGGCGGCGAGUGGAGGAGGAUGAGCGAGCUGCUCGAGCCGCCAGCGGGGCGAGAGCAGCUGCACGACCUCUUCGGCCGGCUGCUCUCGACGCUCGUCGCCUACUUCGCCGUCCCCCGCUACAUGCGCCUGCGGCACGUCAUGCGCCUCUACGGCGCAGCAGAGGACCAAGCGCGGCGGCACGCGCUUGCCAACGAGUUCAAGCUGCUCGUGGACGGCUCCCUCUCGCAGCUGCAGGCGCGCAGGGGCAGAUACGCGGGGCCUCCCGGACGAGCCCGCCUCCCGGGCGGAGAGGCGCACCGGCUCGACUCGUACAUCUCGCAGAUCGGCAUCGCGUGGGAGCAGCUCACCGCCAUCAAGGAGAGCGCCGCACCGCAGGUGUUCCGCGCCUUCUCGCGCGUCUACGUCCUCAUCAUGCCCGUGCUGUACGGCCCAUACUACGCCUCCAUCGUCGAGGAGGCGGAGCAGUCUGGCGACGACCCCGACCGCGCGCUCCUCUUCGCCAUCCUGUUCGCGUGCGCCGUCCAGCUCGCUUCGGCCGGCCUCGUCAACCUGAUGAUCGCCCUCGAGGACCCCUUCGCCCAAAAGACACGCUUCGCCGGCAACUUCGACCGCAUACGCGUCUCGGAGAUCGCCGAGGCCACGCGGAGGCACUUGCUGCUUGUCGAGCAGCAGGCGCCAGACGGGUGGGUGACCGCCUCCAGGCAACCCUAA